GCGCAACAUGGAGUUUCAAAGUCGCAUCGACGAUCAUGACGAGGAUGCUGUGCUCCUGGAGGUCGAAACACACAGCAUGCGAAUCGUGGAUGAUGACGACGACGACCCCCUCGACGCCUACAUGAAGACCAUUGAAACACCCGGCAACCUUGCAGUGACAUUCCCGCGAGAACUUCCCCGUCCACGUCGCCAAAUCCCGCCCAACGCAAGACUGACAAAGAAUCGGCGUUACCAGAAGUUGCAAGAGCUCCUCCACAAGUCCGACUACUUUUCGGAUGAAAACAUGGAGCUACGAAACCCUGGGCUCUUCCAUCUCCUCUUGGGCAACUACCUCCCAGCGCAAGCAGAAUCCUCACGCCCGACGGCCGAUCAAUCGAAACUGUCCGAGUUCUUGCUUGCAUCGAUUCAGAAGCGUGAUUUGGAAGAGCGGAAGGCCCAGGAAGAAGAUUUGUGGGGAAGCUCAUUCCGACGGAAGCGGAUUGCCAAAGACAAUGUCACCGAUGAAGACGACGAAAGCGCAUUCGAAGAAGAAGUCGACUCCUCGGAUGAAGAGGACAACGACGAGAGCGCCGAGGACGAAGACGAGAUGACGAUCGACGAGCGGCGCGCGCACUUGGUGGACGUCAUGUGCCAGCGCUUCAUGCAAGGGAUGGACGUCGGGUUCGUCAAGUACGACGAGAUCGACGCGAACGCCUCCUUCGACUUGAAUGAUUUGGCGCAGCGGGACAUCGAAGACUACUACUUCAACAACGACUUGGUCGAGUGAGCAAUCUCAAAGAGUUCGCCCAAAUGGAAUGGUGCACGACGCCUGUAUUUGCAUGAAAGGACCACACGUUCGCACGUUUGGAAGGCACUGGCGGACGGCAUCCUCGCGAGUUGGCUCCACGUCCGGUCGACCAAAGGAUGGUUGCAAGAUGCCCUUGGGUGCAUCCUGCGGUUGGUCCCAUGGCUGCUGCGACGGUAUGUUCG